AUGAUCACAGACAUACAGCUAGCGAUCUUUGCCAACAUGCUGAGGGCAUCCCUUUUCCUCCUUGUUGUCCUGUACCAUUAUGGUGCUGUUAACAAUCCCAAAAAGCUGGGGUCUAUCCCAGCAGAUAUGCAAAAAAUAAAAGAUUCAUUAGAAAAGUGA